AUGCAAUCAAAAUAUGGUGGAUAUUUGAUUAAAGAAAAGUCAUGUGAAAGUUUAAGUGCUUCUGAAGGGGUAUGUGAUAAUUAUUAUGAUGAAAUGUCAUGUGCUAGUUCUAUUAAUGAAUUAUCAGAAAUAUCAGAAUAUUGUAGUGCUGAUAAAGAAGUGUAUAAUAUCAUAUCAGGGAAUAUUGAUUCUUCAUUUCAUGAAGAAUAUGUUUCUCGAUGUGAAAACCCUGGUUUUUAA